GGAGCGCAGUUCGCAAUAGUAUUGAAAUGUUGUGAUUUUAUUGAAGUUUUGGUGAUUCCACGUAUAUGUCAAAUGGAAAUGGAGCUAACCACGUGUUCUGAUGUCCUACGAUAUAAUUUAUAAUAAUCAUUUUCGUAUUUUCAACCACGUAUUGUUUAUGGUAGCUGAAAACAAUGACGAGAGGGUCUACAGUACAAUAAAUGAUACGUGUUGCAUUCUCGUAAAAAAGGGAACUUUAUGCGCUUUCAUUAAUUAAUUAAUCAAUCAAUCAAAAAGCACUGCUGCAAGAUAUCAAAUUCUGUGUACCAAAAUAGCCCUUCCACAGAGGCUUUGUAUUGUAGAUUUUUGUGCGCAUUGCAUGUAAACAAGCAAAAUAAAGUGUUUAUACAUUGAUGGAGUGGACACUAUUCAGCGUCGCAGUUAUUGCGGGACUGUUAUCAUAUUCUUAUGUAUUGCACCGCAAUAAAGUGAUGUUGGUAAUUGGGAUUUUAUCAGCACAGAACAAUUCUGAAAGAAGACAAGCAGUCAGAGACACGUGGAUAAAUCUUAUAAAAGGCGAUGCAAGAAUUAAAUAUUAUUUUGUGAUUGGGUCUGAAGUUUGUCCAGUACAUCCUUCUGAUAGGUCUGAUGAGUGGUCUUGUGAAAACUGGCAAAUCUCGCUUCCUAAAGAUUGUUGUGUCUUGUCAAGUGGUGCCAAAAAUGUAUGUGACUCAGCUACUGAAACAUUCUUAUUUCGUGUUCAGCAUGCAGUUAUUCUCUUAGGGAUGCAGAUAUCUUGUCCAUCUGUUUUUUAUAGGAUAAACAAUCACCCCACACUUUGUAAAGUAAUUGUUACGGAUGCUGUUAGCGGUCAGCGUUUGACUUCUGCAACUGUUGAAACUCAUGAAACGGAUCUAAUUCAUAAUCAGAGCUUGCACACUCCACUUCUCCUUCAUGCUAGCUAUGAGGUGCGUGUUAAUUUCCAAAUCCGUACAAACACAGAGGAACAGAGUGACACAGCUAAAUUAAAUGCAAGUCCACUUGCUCCAACACCACAGUUUAGUUGGGGAGCUGACGGAGUUUUGCGUUUGUUGGAACCUGCUCAGAAUGGUUCUUGUUUACCCAUAUCACUGAAAUAUGCUGUGUCUGAUGUUUCUAGACUCCAGCAGCACAUCAAGACUGCUACAAGGCGUAGACUGGAGUACAGCCACAAAGUGAAAACCCUUCAGGACCAGCUGGCCUCUGAACAACAUGAAUUUGGAGACAUUGCAUUUGUGCCAGUCACCGACACAUACCGAAAUCUGCCACUAAAGCUUCUUGCCUUCUUCAAAUGGUUAAAGGAACAAAGCUGGGCCACUCAACCACAUUUUGUGAUGAAAACAGAUGAUGAUGUAUUUGUUGACACAAGAAUUGUGAUGCAAGAAUUGACAGAAAAAGCCAGUAAAUCCUGGACAUGGUGGGGCUCCUUCCGUGAGGGAUGGAAACCGCAGAGUGCAGGGAAAUGGCGUGAACCUGCUCCCCAUCCUUGGAAGGUAUAUCCACCAUUUCCUUGUGGUGGUGGUUAUGUGCUGAGUUGGGAUCUUGUUGAAAGAGUAAUAUAUAAAUCACAGCAGCAAGAAGUACACAUGCCACAAGGAGAAGAUGUGAGCAUGGGUGUUUGGCUGGAGGAUGCACAAGUAUGGCAACAUAAAGGUCCCUGCAUCUGGGAAUGCACCUAUGCUGAGAGAACAGAGCAGAAUCUACAGUUGUGCAAUGCUGGAGAACUGACACCUGAUUCAAUGAGACACUUAUGGAAAGUGUAUCAGAAAUAUGGCAAUGUCUCUUCUUAAGCAAUUGACAUAAAAAGACCUGUCAAACGAUUCACAAAGUGUAAAUAUAUCUGGAUCAUCUGUCAUUGUACUGAUUACCUGCCAUUCCAUUCAAUUCUGUUGACAGUAAAUACAACAUGUUUAUCUGUGGACAGAAUGAUGUGACAUAAAGGUGAUUGUUGUAAGAUCUA